UAAAAGUAGAGGGUAUUACUAAUAGUUGAAGGACGUUUUUGUAAGUUUGUUACAUCAUACAAAAAUUAUGCGUUAACGUCCAAAAUGAGAAAAAAGCUGAAGACGGAGUUGGUUACAGUGGGUUGGAGCUUUUCGCCGGAAAUAAAAAAUGGGAACGAGAGACAGAGACAGAGAUCUAGAACGACUGAUCCCGGGGACCGGCUUCUCGGAUAUUAUCGGUUCCCCGCUAUCUCCAUCAGAUACUCCUCCCGGGGCCUCUCCCUCUCAUAAUUCCGGCAGAGAGGCAUGUAUAAAGGUAAUUCGCAGCUGGGCUUCAAAAAAGUUUAUUACUGGAUGUGUCAUUUUAUCUCCCAUAGCCAUUACAUUUUAUGUGACUUGGUGGUUCAUUCAACUUGGGGACUGGAUCUUCUCCCCGAUUUACGUUCUUUUGGGAAUUAAUAUAUUCGGUCUUGGAUUCAUUACUACCAUCACAUUCAUCUUUUUGGUGGGUGUGUUCAUGUCAUCAUGGUUGGGCUCUUCUCUUCUCAGUUUGGGAGAAUAUAUAAUCAAAAAGAUGCCUCUCAUGAGUUAUAUUUACACUGCAUCUAAGCAAAUCAGUGCAGCCAUCUCACCAGGACAAGGCUCACAUGCUUUUAAGGAAGUUGCAAUUAUAAAACACCCAAGUGUUGGAGAAUACGCGAUUGGAUUCAUAACAUCAACUGUUAUACUUAGGAAAAGCACAGGUGCCGAAGAGCUAUGUUGCGUGUAUGUCCCAACCAACCACCUUUACCUCGGCGAUAUUGUACUUGUGAAUUCCAAAGAUGUCAUGAAGCCCAAUAUCUCAGUUCGAGAAGGGAUAGAGAUUAUAAUCUCGGGAGGCAUGUCGAUGCCAAAUAUGUUAAUCACAAAGGACUCGCAGCGCAUUCGGUCUAUGAGUCUUGAGAAGUUUUCUGUUCCACAUGUAUAAUAUGAGUGUAAACUUUAAAAGCUUCAUAACAUAGAGAUGGGGCUAAUGUGUUGGAGAGAUACAAUGAACAGAAAUGUAAAACAUUUAGUUUUAACUUUUAAGUGUUUUAGAGUAUUUUUAAUCAUACUUUAAAAGCUUUAUAACCAAAAUGUUGGAUA